AUGGCUUUCACAUCUUCAGUUUAUUGGGCAUGUCGAUUCUGGACUGCUCUGGAACUGGAUCUCAACUCCGUUGAACGUGUUGUCGAAUAUCUGGACCUUCCUCAAGAGCCACCCGCAGUAAUCGAGUCUAACCGCGUUCCUGCGUACUGGCCUUCAAGUUCCAACAACGACGCCCUUAUUCGGGUUGAGAAUCUCGAAGUCAAGUAUGCUUCGGAUCUCCCUGCCGUGCUUCACGAUGUUUCCUUCACCUUGAAGGCGGGUGAGAGUGUUGGUCUCCUGGGUCGUACUGGAAGCGGAAAGUCGACCUUGGCAAUGAGUAUCCUCAGAUUCGCCGACCCUUCCAGUGGCCGUAUUAUCAUUGAUGGAAUUGAUAUAUCUACAAUUGGUAUUCAUGAUCUCCGUUCGAGAUUGACUUUCAUACCCCAAGACGCUACGUUGUUCUCGGGCACUCUUCGAGACAAUCUUGAUCCGUUUGGCGAACACACCGAUAGUGAAUGUCUGGACGUCCUCCGCCGUGUCCAAAUGAUUACGGACAGCCCUCAACAAAUUUCGCGGGAAACAUCCGCCUCUUCUUCUCGUGCCUCUUCCCGGCCAGCGUCUAUCCGCGAUGUCGAAAGAGAGAGUAUAGUCGGCUCCGUGUCUACUGCGACCGAAGUAGACUCGAAAACUACUGUCACGCUGGACACCAAAGUUUCGGCUGGGGGAACUAAUUUCGCCCAAGGUCAACGGCAACUUAUCGCCAUGGCCCGCGCCUUACUGCGGCGCUCGUCAAUCAUCGUUUUGGAUGAAGCUACGAGUAGUAUUGAUUUCGCAACCGAUGCGAAGAUCCAGGCUACCAUUCGCGAAGAGUUUAACGACUCCCUUCUACUGACAGUGGCCCACCGUCUCCGCACCGUUAUCGAUUAUGACCGCCUCAUUGUUUUGGACAAGGGACAUAUCGUCGAGUCUGAUUCUCCGUGGAAUCUUAUACGAAAGGAGGAUGGAAUCUUCCGCGGCAUGUGCUUGAAGAGUGGAUCUUUCAGCGAGUUGGAGGCGGCUGCGAAGGCCAAGGCUGAGCACCAAUGA